AUGAAACUCGUUCAUUUCCUAAUGAAACUGCGUAACGAGCAGGUUUCUGUAGAGCUCAAAAACGGUACCACUGUAUGGGGCACGCUCCAGACGGUUUCCCCACAAAUGAAUGCGACGCUGACGGACGUAAAACUCUCGUUGCCAAACAAAGCAGGUAACAGUGCGAUGGCCGGGAUGUAUCUGGUCGGCGGUCAACAGAACGAAGAGCGUGGCACGACUUCGCUGCAAUACAUCAACAUCCGUGGUAACACCAUAAGACAAAUAAUUUUGCCCAACUCGCUGAACUUAGAUUCGCUUUUGGUCGACGAAAGACAACUCAACAGACUGAGAAGAAGCGGAAAGUUGGGCGACGAUUCCAAUAGGAAAAGAAGGCUGGACCACAAUGGAAAUUCCACGAAAAGAGUGAAACGAGCCAUAUGA